AUGAUAAGCUAUUCAUCACACAAACUUCGACGGCAAACCAAACAUAUUGCUGACGCCUGCAUUCGGCCAAAAUGCUGCGGUAACGCUGCGGUCUGCCUUAUAUAUAGCACGCCAACCAGUAUCUAUAUCCCAGCUAUGGCAUCUACCUCUUCCCCCACCCGCGUCGCAAUCAUCGGAGGUGGUAUCGGUGGCUUGACUCUUGCCCGUAUUUUGCAGUUGCGCCAAGUUCCCUCGCUGGUCUUCACGCUCUACGAAGCCGACGCCAAUGCGUCGCUUAGAGGGAGUUUUGGGGGCUCGCUUGAUCUUAAACGCGACUCCGGCCAGCGAGCAAUGCGAGAGGCCGGACUGCACGCUGAGUUCCUCAAGCUUUCGCGGCCAGUGGGCGGGGCGUUACGGCUCCUGGACGACUCUGGCAAGAUAUUGAUAGAAACUCCAGGCAAUCCGGAUGAUAUGUAUAAUCCGGAGAUCGACAGAGGUCAUCUGCGCUCAUUGUUUCUCGACUCUCUGGAGUCCAACACCAUCCAAUGGGGAUGCAAGGCAACUUCUGUUGAGCAAGACACCACAACAGGCAAAUAUUCGAUCCAAUUUUCCUCCGGUAAAAGAGAGGGUAACUUCGACAUUGUGGUGGGGGCUGAUGGUGCAUGGUCUUGCGUUCGCUCUUUGGCAUGGCCCGGAGUUUCCCCAUCGUACUCUGGCGUCACUUUCCUCGAGACCAAAGUCAAUAUGAAGACAUAUGCGGAGCUAACGUCUUUCGUUGGCGAGAAUUUGAUGAUCGCAAUGAACGGUGGCAAGGGCAUUAUUGCGCAGAUGAGCUCAAAUGAUAUGCUCACGGUCUACAUCGCUGUUCGCGUGUCGGAGGACUGGUCGCGGACCUCACCCGUUGCGUUGGCGGGGACACCGGAGGAGAAGAUUCGACUUAUGCUCGAGCACUUUGAAGGCUGGGAUGAAUCACUGCGCCAGCUCAUUCGUGUUGGCGAGAACCCUAUAGUCCGCCCAAUCUAUGCGCUGCCACACGACUCCCAGCCACGCACCAAGACCGAUAACGUGGUGCUUUUGGGUGAUGCUGCUCAUGUUAUGAGUCCGUUCGCAGGAGCUGGAGUCAACAUGGCGAUGGUGGAUGCUGCAGACCUGGCCGACGCAUUGACAAGCGGAAAGUCGUUGGAGACGUACGAGGCAGUCAUGCGUGCUCGUGCAAACGAGGCUGGAAAGGAAACCGCUGAGAAUUUGGAGUUAUUUUUCAGUGAAGAUGCAGCGAAAAAGUUGACUGCAUUGUUCCAGGGUCUCUUGGGGUUGUGA